CUCACAUGAAAGCAAACAAAAACGAAACCCGUUAAUUGGAACUCUCAUAAAAAAUUUGGGUCAUAAUUUAACAACAAACCCCACACACAUAGUGCCAAACCAUACGGAAAGACUAUCCCUUAAAUGCUGCAGUUGGUGCAGUGCAGCCCUCAUUACUCCAUCAUCAACUAUUACCCACACAUACACAAAUAUAUCUUCCUACAUUUUUUUCAUUCAUCUUCUCUCUUUUGCUAUAGCCUAGGGAGAUGAAUUAUUGUGCCACCAAAAGUGUUGUCAAGAGAAAAGGUAAAGAAACUGAUGAAACGCUGUCGUUCACAAACAAUAACAAUAACAAGAUGUUGUCGCAUGAUCAACAUGAUCGAAAAGAAAAACGGUUUGGUCUUGUGUCGUUUUGGGAGCUUCCUAAUUAUAUGAAGGAUAAUGAAUAUAUUUUGCGGUAUUAUAGAGCUAAUUGGCCUCUUAAGGAAGCUUUCUUCAGUCUCUUUCUUUGGCAUAACGAAACUUUGAAUGUUUGGACACAUUUACUUGGUUUUAUUCUGUUUCUUGGAUUAACCUUGGCCAAUUUGAUGAAGCCUCGUGUCGUUGAUCUCUUACAACAAUUUACAAGAUCUCUCUCUUCAGGUGCUGAAAAAAAUGUCUCAGAUACCAUCAAAGAUUUCCUGGGCGCGGCGUUACUGUUUGAUCUAAAACAUCAAGUACCAUUGAAAAUGGAAGUUGAAGCAUUAGAAUUUGUUAUAGCAAGAUGGCCAUUCUUUGUUUUCCUAGGUGGAUCUAUGUUCUGUCUCCUCUCAAGCAGUAUUUGUCACCUCUUUUCAUGUCACUCCCAUGAUUUAAACCUGUUUCUAUUAAGACUCGACUACUGCGGAAUCGCUGUCAUGAUCAUAACUUCAUUUUUCCCUCAGAUUUACUAUGUUUUCCUAUGCCAACCUCAAUGGCAAUUCCUCUACUUAGCUGGUAUAACUGCCAUGGGACUAUUCACCAUAGUGACAUUGCUUUCUCCAACGCUUUCUACGGGAAAACAUCGCGCGUUUCGAGCUAUGUUGUUCUGCUCGAUGGGACUUUUCGGUAUUGUGCCUGCAGUUCAUGCUUGUAUUGUGAAUUGGGCGAAUCCUCGGCGCAAUAUUACACUAGCGUAUGAAUGUGCCAUGGCAUUUUCUUACCUGAUUGGAACAAUGUUCUAUGUGACGCGGAUACCGGAACGAUGGAAGCCUGGUUGGUUUGAUUUAGCAGGACACAGUCAUCAAAUAUUUCAUGUUUUAGUUGUGGCUGGUGCUUUGGCACAUUAUGCAGCUACUCUUAAAUUGCUUGAAUGGCGUGACACUUUUGGGUGUGACAUGGUUUAAGGAUCUAUGUUUCAAUACAUAUAUGUGUAUGUAUGUAUAUGCAGCAUGAUAUGGAUUCUCUGCAUUGUUGGAUUGAAGCAACUGUGGAUAAUUCACUAGUCAAAUGCCAGAAGAGGCUUAUGUUAUUGUCAUUCAUUAAAAUGUUAAAUAAUAUUUGUCUUCUUUUUUGAA